UAUCUUGUAUAAUUUAUGCUCUGGGACUAUUGAAGUUACUUUUAGUCUGCUCAGACAUUAAUAUAUAGUAAUAUAUGGCCACUGGACGUUAGUGUUUACUGCAUCGUAGUAAUAGAUGCAUAUUAGUUUUGCAAGUAGCAGAUAGUGUUACAGGCGAAGUCAAAAAAAUCUUUAAUAUGUCGAAAACUAGUACAAUACCUGGUUUGGCUUAUCUGCCGGCGAGAGAUAAUCCGUCAAAAACCGCGAUGGGUUUUAUCAAUGCUAGAAAAAAAGUCGACGGCGCGGAAGGAUUAUGGAGGAUCGAAAACAAACUUUAUGAUUUGGAAACUUUCAUGAAAUCACAUCCAGGUGGAUCUGAAUGGAUUUGGAUCACGAAAGGAACCGAUAUCACUGAAUUGUUCGAGGCCCACCACAUUACCGACAAGGCUGAACAGCUUUUGCCCAAAUUUUACGUUCGAGAAGCUGCAACACCGCGGUCGGUGCCUUUGACCUUCUUGCCAGACGGCUUCUAUCGUACAUUCAAGAGACGGGCAACCGAGGCUUUGAAGAAGGUCAAUUUUCAUAAAUCCUCUACAACGACGAAUCUCAUCACCGAUUCCUUAGUGACAGUGACUUUCGCGUUAAGUCUUAUGGCCGCCUUCGUCCACUCCUAUGUUAUUCUGAGCCUUGCCAGCCUUUUUUUGACAUGGACGACUAACGCAGCACACAAUUAUUUCCACAUGAGAGACAAUUUCCGUAUGUAUUACUUCGAUCUAAGUAUGCUAUCUUCGAAAAAUUUCCGCAUCACGCACGCAAUGAGCCACCACAUGUACCCCAACACCAUAUGGGAUUAUGAGAUGUAUGUGGUCGAGCCGUUUGUACAAUGGAUGCCUCGAAAGGAUAAAUCCUACUUAAUGGGAAUGAUAAGCAAAAUUAUCAGUCCUAUCGUUUGGAUGUUAAUGUAUAUUAUAGAAGGCAUAAAACGAUACUAUUUAGUGUAUACGGAGUAUGGGGUUUUCGAAUUUCGUGAUUUCAUCCCAUUCUUGCUGCCUAUAUCGAUGAGUUUGGUGGCACCCAAGAUUCUCAUUGCCUUAAAGCUGUGGUUGAUAAUGUUGCUGAUUAGUAGCACUUUAUUCGGCCUAAUCGGCUUCAACGCGGCCCAUCAUCAUCCUGACAUCUUCCAUGAUGGCGAUAUUUACAGAAAUGACAUGGACUGGGGUUUGCUCGAGUUGGACGCCGUGCGUGAUCGUGUGGAUAUCGACAAAUCAUUAUUCCUAAUUAUUACGCACUACGGCUCGCACACGUUGCACCAUCUGCUACCCACCGUGGACCAUCACUAUUUGCCAUUAUGCGUGCCUGCUUUUCUGAAGACGUGCGAGGAAUUUAACGUCAGCCCGGAUAAGUGGACGCAAUGGAAGCUUCUGAAAGGACAAUUCAGGCAGAUCAUGCGAACUGAAGUGAAGAAGAAUCACAGAUAAUGCUCAUCUUUAAUAAAAUAGCGUGCUCAAUCGCGGAUGUUGAAUUGUUAUGUGCAUUACAUACAAUUUCUCACGUAUCAGUUUAUGAUGUAAGCAUAAGCACUUCGGGCACAAAUAUGUUUCAUACAGCAUAUUUUAUACAAGAGAUAUCUUAGUCUUAAGACAUUCAGAGGAUAUACAGACAUCCUUUGGACAUCUUUAGAAGGUCUAUACUGUGUAGAAUGUAAACUAGAUAACUAAAGUAGUUAAACUAUGUGCACAAUUCUAAAUAAGAUUAAUUUUAUGAGUUGAAGUGAAACUCAAAUCUGCAUAUAAAGUAGAAAAAUAAAUUGAAAAUGAUAAUUCUAUUUCAUUUCAAGAAACGAAAAAAA